AUGGUGGUGGCGAAGGUAUUCGAGGCAGCGAAAUGGACUGGGGAGACGGCAGUUGGAGCAGUUCAAGCCCUCGCUAACACCAAGGGACCCGUUCCAGCUACAGACCUUCACCCUCGUAUGCCUGCCCGGCCAUGGACAGCACCGGAAUACUUGCGUAUGUGGUCGUGGCGUCACUGUUGGAAGUACAUCCCUGUUUUCCGCUUCUACGUUUACUCGGGAAUCAUUAUGUUCGGAAUAUUGAAAUAUGUUGUCCCAUUCAAGCCUCGCCAUCGUAUAAUGUACCACAAAGGAAAGGCUGAUGCUCACCAUCAUGAGGUAGAACACUGGUACGGCAUUCGACAAAAGAAGGCCGACAACGAGUAUUUCAAAAAAUACAAUCCACUCAAAAAAGAGGGAGAAGUCGAAGUCAUUCUCAGCUAA